AUGCCAAUCCAGCCACGUCCCACGCACUCUGUCUCGCCAACUGCAUCGAUUAGAUCUCCGAAGGUCCAACUUGUCCGUCAUGCUCCCAACGCCAGCUUCAACAUUCGUCUUUCUGCUCUUGAGCAAACCUUGCUGGAUAACACACGCUUCGAUGACCUGGACGUAUCGUCACAGGACUUCGACUUUGAGGAUAUCUUCACCUACAACAAACCUAAGCAGAAAUUGUGCAAGGUGGUUGAGGUCUCAUUGCCGGCCAGGACUCGUUGA